AAUAUGUAUUUUUAAAAUAAAGGCAGUGAAUGAGAAAAUAUUUCAUGCAUAUUUAUUUUCAAAAGCAUAUAUGUAUAUGUACAUACACUCUUACUCUAAAAAAAUUAUCAAGUAUUGCUAAUCAGCAAAUCAUUAUAAGUAACGACAAAACAGUGACCAGAGUAGCACAACGACUAAACCAACAACCACAUUGAGAAAUGCAAGAACCGGUUUUCAAACACACAUACAAAUUUCCCCUGAUGGCCAGAUUCCGACAGUAAGGCGCUGCAGCUACAACAAAAAUGACUAUCGGAGUACUAAAAAAGCAGUAAGGCAAUAACGAUAAAUCCUGUACAGCGAAAUGACAACAGCAAAAAACUGGAAAAAUGCACAACCGCAAAACUCUACAACAUCCAUAAAGGCAGAAAAUCGGUGCCAAAACAAUAAUGACUAGCAAUCACUAGCAGCAUAGGAGACGAGAAAAAUAAGAAAUAGAAAUUGACGAAAAUUAUAUGUCGGUUCCAACAGUUAACCAAAGUAUUGGCUCGCGUCUAAGCAAAUCUUGUAUGUUGGGCCAGGCCGUCGAAGUCGUUGUAGCUGCCGCUGAAGCUCUGGUUUUGGCGAUGUUGCCGUUUGACCAAUUUACUAAGCCCAGCAGUGACCAGCUACAGCUAUUGAACCAGCUUGACAAGCAAAAAAGGCAAAUACAGCAUAUUUAUUUUUGUAUUGGUCAACGUGUUAGUUGUAGCUGUAAAUUGCUACUGCUGCUUGCCACUGUUUCUGUUGCUGUUCUAGACAUUGCUGCUACUUUGAAGUUUACAUCAAAUAUUCUUGUAAUAUCUAAGAUGGAUUAAUGCCAUUAGUGGAUGACCGAUAUGUGGAAUGAUGUAUUACAGAAUUUACAAAUAACAGCAACAUUAGGCCUCCUACCUAACUCAGCCCAAUCAAUCAAUGCACUAUUAAGGCCAACAUAAUUUUUAUUGGUACAUGUGAAAAUGAAUUUUAUUACGAAUUUCAUUCUGGAAUUUACUUGUGCAUUCUAAGUGGACUGCCCAGCACCUCGCGACGGUUCCAGCCAAUUCUAUAGCCACACAGCUCCUCAAAAACGAAUGUGGAUAUACAGAAAAAGUGAUAAAAAAACGUUUAAAAAUACAAUAAGGGAAUCAUUGAAAAGUAAAAAAAGAAUAGUUAUAAAAGUGUUAGUGUUCGUGUCUCCUUUCAACAACGAAGUAUCAGCUCGACACGACGGAGAAAUGUGUAAAUCUACAGUUUGUACUUCGACUGACGAUUACGAGUGAAUUGAAAAGCUCCAAGUGAACUGACUGAGCACUUCGAAGAAAACGGACACCAAAUGCUAAUCGCCGCAGGCUAACCGGAGUAAAUAUAGAGUGUAAACGGUAAAAUACCAACGAAAUUAUUUUUACACGCCCAUUUCUUUAUACAACGAAUUUGAAUGUUAAAGAAAUUUUUCCAAGCAAGAAAUAUCCGAAUAAGGGAGGAAAGCCUGUGUACAUGUACACUUGGCCAUAGAUACAUACAUAUGUAUGUAUAUACCUUGUUAAGACUGUGAAAAUGUAAAGUGAAUAGGUUAUGUGCUGGGAAAGCUAAACAGUUAAACGUAACAACGAAAGUCAAGUCAAAGCAAAAGCAAUAAGCCACUUAAAAGGGAAGUUACCAUAAAACCAGCGAAAAUGUCCUUAUUCCGUAUGUAAUGUCCGUAUUGCUGAAAAUGUCGAUUGAAUAAAAAAUAGAUAUUUGUAUCAGAUAGAGAGAAAGAGAGAACUUGCUCUCAUGAAAUUAAAUCUCUCUCUUUUUUGAAACAUUCACACAUUUAUUAUUUCCUUUGCCUUUCAAAUCGCGUUCAUUAACUGAUUCCUUCGUUUUGUUUGCCCCCCAUGAUGGGUGGCUACGUGUGCUCUUAUAACGCGAUAACCCGAAAAAACAUAUAUAAGGGAAUGUGGUUAACUGUAUAUGUGUGUUAGAACCACGGCAAGAAGAAACUACAAUCAAAGUAUCUGCAUAAAGCGCAAAAGGAACCAAACGAAAACCAACCAACUUUUUCACUAACCUUUCCGGUGCCCUUAUAUAUUAUAUAUUGUAUUCGUGUGGUUUUCAGUAUGCGGUGCAUAUAUUUGUGCGAGUAUAUGAGGAAAAACUAAAUAAAUGCAAAAGUUAUAUGAGUUUAUAAAAAUGCGAAAGUGGGAACGGAUAACAACAAAAGCAGCCGAACAUUAAGGUGCUCUCAACACAAUACGUCGUGCUUAUGAAAUUGUGUAUUUUGUGUCUGAAAAGAUAUCCCUGAGUUUCGCGAAUCAUCAAUAUCGCAACGCUAACCCACCAAUGAAGCACCAUAAAAUUGGGCUGCCGCUACAACGAAAUGCAUUUAGUAUUGAUAAUACAAUUGUUAAAGCUAAGAACACUAAAAUAAAUUAUAAAAUAAAACUAUUUAUUGGGAAUUUUAGAAAGGCAGAGCAUCACCCAAGAGCGAGCCGAAAUAAGUUCUCCAUACACUAAAAUUCACUAACCAUAAACCCAUAAAGCAGAGAAAUAUUUUUCUUGUCGAUACUGAGAUAAAGUAUCAUUCAAAAUUACGACCUACCACCCACCCACGCCAAAAGUCAAACAAAACCCGGCCAAUAUGGACUCCAGUUCAGGGUCGGUGUUUGACGAUGAACCACCACCAGAGCCCAGAGACGGUUGGCUACUGGUGCGGGUUCAUGUGCCCGAACUGAACGUCUACAAAUGCCUGCAAUUUCCUUCGGAUCGUUUAGUUUGGGAUGUCAAACAACAGGUGCUCUCCUCAUUACCAAAGGUGGCCUUUUGGUUUAAGGAACUCAAGGAGAGCUUUAACUAUGGGCUCUUUUGUCCUCCUUUGAAUGGAAAGGCUGGAAAAUUUCUCGAUGAAGAGCGUCGCCUAGGCGAUUAUCCCUUCAACGGCCCUGUCGGCUAUUUAGAGCUUAAGUAUAAGAGACGAGUUUACAAAAUGCUAAACCUGGACGAAAGACAGUUAAAGGCAUUACAUACUCGCGCCAACUUACGCCGAUUUCUUGAGUGCAUCAAUGCAGGACAUGUAGAGAAGAUAGCAAAAAUGUGUGCCAAGGGACUGGAUCCCAACUUUCAUUGUCCGGAAAGUGGCGAAACUCCGUUAACGGUAGCGACUGCAGCUAAAAAACCAAAUAAAUUACUAAUAGCUUUGGUAAAUGGUGGCGCUUUGCUGGACUAUCGCACCAAAGACGGCACCACAGCUCUCCAUAGAGCCGUUGAAAAGGACUCUCUGGAGGCAGUAACGACAUUACUAGAAUUGGGCGCGUCACCUAAUUAUAAAGACGCACGUGGCAUAACGCCCCUUUAUAUAUCAAUAACACGUAAAUGCGAUUCGAAGGUAACAGAGAGCUUAUUGCACGAUCACGCCACUUUGGGUAUACAAGACACUCAGGGUUGGAACGAGGUGCAUCAGGCCUGUCGGCAUGGUCUGGUACACCAUUUGGAACAUUUAUUGUUUUAUGGUGCGGACAUGGAUGGCCGUAACGCUUCCGGUAACACACCAUUGCAUGUAUGCGCUGUUAACAACCAAGAGGCUUGUGCUAGAAUGCUUCUAUUUCGUGGUACACAACGUGCCGCCCUCAAUUAUGCCAAUCAAACUCCCUAUCAGGUGGCCGUAAUAGCCGGAAAUAUGGAACUUGCUGAAAUAAUACAGACUUAUAGGCCUGAUGAUGUUGUUCCCUUUCGUGGACCACCACGUUAUAAUCCAAAACGUCGUUCAGCCGUGGGUUGGCCAAGUGGCAGUUGUGCAAGUAGUUGCGCGGGCAGCCUAAUAGGCACCUUGUCACGCAACGGCACAUGUGGCCAUCACGGGCCACCAUCACCAUGUCCAUCCGAGCAUAUCCCAUACAGCUCGGCUAGUUCAAGCCUUUCGGAAGGAUCGUCAGGACAUCGUUCACACGAGGAUGACAUCAGCAUUGUAACAGACAAAUCCCUUGGUGACACCAGCGACAUAAUUAGUGACUCGUCCGGUGUCGGCACUAAUUCGGAUUCUGCUGCGUGCUCGAUCGGCCAUCCCAGCACCACGGUAGUAUGCAUGGAACCGUAUUCUGAUAGUACCGUAGGCCACAUUACACUGCAGCCAGGCGAUGUGAUUGAAGUGGUGGGAUCCACGGAUUGUGGUCUUCUAGAAGGAUAUAUACGAGGAUCGAAUCAAUCUGGCUUCUUUCCAGCCGACUGUGUACAGGAGGUGAGCUUACGGCAGAAAAACAUUACAAAUGUAUCCAUGGCUGUUAUGCCUGUUAUCAGUGGCAGUAACAAUACCAGCUGUCGGUCACCUUAUUCACAGCACGCGUCAAUAGGUGGCUCUAUAAAUAGCGCAUUGAAUCAAGAGGUAUCACCUCAUCUUAGUAUCACUGGUAGCAAUACAACUGCGAGUACUUCAAAUAACGGAGUUGGCACACUGCCACGCUCCAGCAUCGCGCCUGCUCAUGCCCAUCACUCACCUUCAAUGUCGCUAAAUAGCAAUGGCUCUGGCUCCGCGAUGAAUGGUAGGAACGCUGAUACAGCAAGUAUUAAAAGUGCAGGUAUGAUAAUGGGUAAUAUUAGUGGUGUCGGAGGCGGAGGUGGUGGAACCCACAAUAACUCACAAUCAUUUAGUCAAUACAACAGCGCCACGGCCCCACGCAUGAAGAAAACAGGUUUUAAUGAACCACGCACGGUUGUACUGCAUCGCGCUAAGCGGGGUUUUGGUUUCAUACUGCGUGGUGCAAAAGCUUCAUCACCGCUCAUGCAAUUAAAGCCAACAGACCGCUUUCCGGCAUUACAAUACUUAGACGACGUAGAUCCUGGGGGUGUUGCUGAUAUGGCAGGUUUACGUCCAGGGGACUUUCUUCUUUCCAUCGGGAGCGAAGAUGUUCGAGCAGCUUCACAUGAAAAGGUUGUCGAAAUGAUACGUUCUGCAGGGGCACUUGUAUCAAUGACUGUUAUUUCGCCUCAUUACCCUAAUCAAAUGCAAGUUUCAGCCCAAUUUUUGCCCAGCAAUCAUCAGUUGCCUAGCGGACCAAGUACGCCACAGGCAUCACAUCGCCAAUGCGCAACUUUACCACGUAAGAUGUCUGUGGGACCUGGGAUCGCUGUAGCUGGUAGUGUGGGUGGUGGUAGCGGCCGAAUGCCUGCACCAAUGCCACCACGCCGAGAUCCAAAAACAACGUUAAGUGUUGGACGAGCGCGGGCAAAGUCCAUGGUUGCUGGUCUGGAGAAUGGUGGAGAAAAAGAUGAUGACGAUGUUCCGCAUACUAAAUCUUCAUCCGUGGAGUCUAUAGUAACACCCACACCUACUCAUCCCGGAACUCCGGUACAAUUACGCACAGCUAGCAUCAAAGCAAGGCCAACAUCUAGCCGCAUAACCGCCGCCGAACUGGAGGAGCUCUUUCAACGCCAACAAGGCGAAACAAUUGAUGGUUCGAAUCGGUACUCAACUAUGAUGACCACCUCUCGCUUCCAGUCUGGAACAGAUAGUGGUGCAGCCACGCCGCCUGCCGGAACUAAUUCCCCUAUGAAGGCCCCGCUAGUCUACGGAAGUGUUGCAGAAAUGAAGCGCAAAACAAAAAUUAAAAACGGUACAUUACGCGGCAAGCCGUGUUCCAUACCAAUCGUGGGCGGCACAGGGGCUCGUGACCUGAAGCGUUUUCACUCAACUCCAGACUUGAACGCACAUUUCAGUGGCUCGACGUCACCGAUUUGGGCUGCAGCAAGCAAAGGGCACCACUCUCAAGAUGAUGUCGCUACUCUACAUGCUUCCAUGCAACGUCUAAAUAUGCCGCCACCGACACACCCCCCACCACCGCCUCCCAUCGGUCAAGUAGUUAAAGUGGAAACUCGCAGUACAUCGGAGUAUGAAUCAACGCUAUCGCUACAGCAAAAACUAAAGAAGCGAGCUGAAAAUGAUGCCGUCACCGCAGCCGCAAUCGAUGGAGUUCAAUCGAGUUUCAACCCCUCUGCUAAUGCCAAAAUUUAUGCAUCUCCACAAGAGCUGCGCAAUGUGAUGGCAUGGAAACUACGACAAGCACAAGAGAACCGCCAAAGCCAAAAUAGCCAACAAAAUCAGCAACAACAGCAGCUGCCGCAGAAACUCGACUCAAAUACGCCGCCAACAACUCAUUCUACGCAAGCUCAAAAGCAGAUGUCCAAUAGUCAAUAUGCUCAACCAAGCAUUAGCCAAGCAAAGCAGCAGCAGCAGCAACAACAACAACCACAACAAACGCCAGAUGAUGCCGGCCAACAAAACGGAAACGAUGAGAAAAUAAAUUCAAACAAUAAUAAUAUAGCAACGGGACCCGCACCUCCGAUACCAGAGCCAGAUUACAGCUUCAGUGAGUCUGAUGGUGAGGAUGAGAACUCCAUUUUGGUCGCUCGGAACACUAAAUUAAACGAGAAGAUUGGACUCAUCGAGGUACCCGAGACGAGCGGAAAUAGUCAAGCAAGUGGGAGCAGCUCAGGUUCUGCAUCUAUCACUCACUCAUUAUCCGUUGAUGAAAUCCAACGUGUACGCAACAAUUUAAAACAGUCAAAGUCUUCACCUAAUGGUUUCCUUAAAAGCGAAAGUCGUCAAAGUCCUGCGGCCGACACCGGACCCACGAGACAAAGCAAAUCUGUUGAUAGCGCCUCUGAAGAUCAGAAAAAAAAUAAAAGUAGCAACGCUUAUCCAGCUAAUGAGGAGGAGUGCGACAACAGCUCCUCAGGUGUAAGUAGUGAUCAAGAAGCUGCCGGUGUUUCAGCCGCUGUCGCGGGAAUCACUUCAAAAUCUACAGAUACAAUUAAGAAAAAGCCAAGUAUUGCAAUCGUUAGCGAAUAUAAACCAACUUCUAAUCAAGAAACUCUGGCAACCAAAAUGGAGCAAAAAACUACAACGCAGUCGAAUUUAGUUGAGGAGGACAAUGCUUAUUAUGCCGCCCCUUCAGGUUCUGUUUCUCAUCCCAGCAAAACGAAUAAUACAGCACCAUCCAAUUUUGUAUCAGCACCAUACAAUAUGACGGAAGUGAAUCCGCAACCAGCUACACCACCUACAUCAUAUAUAUCAACAGCACCAAGUGAAGCUCAGCAAGAUGCUUCGGCAGCAGUAUUUGCUGCCGCGACGAAAACUCCAACAUCCACAGUCGCCAGUACAGCCGCUGCGUUCGAGGCCAAAGCAACGGCUACAACAGUGACCGUAAAGCAAAUGGUGCAGCAGCAGCACGCACCUGUAAUACAACAGCAGCAGCAACAAAUGUCUGCAACAAAAGUUAAAACCUUAAUUACCCAAAGUCCACAAAUGAGUAGCAGCAAAGCUCAUCCAAGCGCAACUGGUCGCAUGCCACAUGCGCCCCUGCACCAUACAACGGCACAACAACAGCCUCAUUCGAAUCACCCCAAGCAGCUGCAAGGAUCGACAAUUCUUCCCAUAAAUAUACCACAACAGCAUUUGCAUCCAAAUCAGAAACUGCUCGCCACUCAGCAACAAAUCUUUUUACAACAGCAACAACUACAUCAACAACAAUUGGUGCAUCAGCAACAUUUGCAGCAAAUACUGAAGGCGAAAACAGCUGCCGCUGGUGUUACAAGUGCAAACACAGCGGCCAUAGUCACCAAACAGCAACAGCAACUGCACAAAAAUUCGCAGCACGAAAUGACGUCUGCAGUCUAUGAAUCGGAGCAUGAACAGCGUUCUGAUGAUGAUGGUGAUUUAAGUCCAUCGCCACCAGCCAAAGGUUUCCAGCGCCACAAUUCUUUGACUCGAAAACAGGCAGCAGCCAUUGCUAUGCAGCGCGCCACCCGCAGCGUAGCCGUGUCGCUAAUGCAACUGCCACCCCCCAUCGAAGCGGACAGCGACAAUGAACUUUGCGUGACCAGCAGCGGUAGCGUCAGCAACAACAGUGCGGUCUCGAGCACCGUUACGCCAAGCAGCAGUGUCCACGCGAAUGUUGUGGUACCCAUAGGCACAGAAAAUAUUGUACUAGCACCGCCUCCACAAUUCUGUGACUGCAACGACAUCAAACACGCCCCACAACAGCAGCUGCAUCACAUGCCUUUAUCUCAGCACCACCAUCAACAACAGCAACAAUAUCAGCUGCAGAUGCGCACGCACAUUCAAAUGCACGGAGCUGGAGGUGGCAGCAGCGGAAGUGGAAGCGGCGCCACCGGAGUGAAUGCAGUUUCGGCCAAUGUUGGUGCGCUGGGUCGCGUACGCAUCGUAGGCGCAGCUUCUAAACCCACACACCACCGAUUACACUGAAGGAAUUUAUUUAAAUAUAAAUAUACAUAUAUAUAAACACAUACAUAUACAUACACAUGCCUAGAGCCUGUGGAGGAAAGGUAGAGUACUUCCCAGUGCUAAAACUCUCUAUAUAUGUAUGGAGUUUUAUAAAUACUGUAUGCCUAGACACUGUUAUUGUUUUAUUGCAAUUUAUCUCGAAAUAGUCAGGCAACUUUUUAAAUUCGGAACUAUUUCGGAACUAUUUGCUUUAAAUGAUUACUGUUCGCAAUUUCAGUAUUCACAGAUAAGAACUUUAAGUAUUAUUUCAUUAAGACAUUACUGAAAAUAUGUUGGAAAAGAUAAUUGAACUUAGCAAUUUUAACAAAAAAUUUAUAUGUAUACAUAAUUAAUUACGAAGUAACAAAAUGCACAAGUACAAUAAGUGAAAAUUAUCUUGACAAGUAAAAUGAAGUUUUCAUAAAUGCUUAUGUAAAAUUUGCAUACGAGUUUUGCGAAUAAAGAUAGUAAAUUCUAAUGCCACAAUUAAUAAUAUAAGACUAUGUGUUAAAUGAAUCUUAUAAAUAAAAUAAUGUUAUUAAAUAUUGAAAUGCAUAUGGAAAGCUAAGAACCAAGCCAUAAUUAUACGCACACACAAACAUCCGUGCACUGAACAGAUGAUGCACAAACAAUGAUUCAUGUUAUACAAGAAAUCGCUGUGAAAAUUUCCACAUAUUCUUAAGGCUGAUAUUUACACUUAAAUGAAAUAUUAAACUUCAGUUUAAAUAACAAAACUAA